AUGCUCGUCUCCCUAGCGCUGCGCAAUGUUGGCCGACAUUAUGCCUUGAAGAAAUCCCUCAGUCGGAACGUGCAAUCGACGUGCACGCGAUGCAGCACCGGCCUUCUUUCCUCAGUUGCAACGGCUAGGCAUGCGUCCACCACCUCCGGCCAGUCUACACAGCACGACACCGGCGGUGCGCACCCCACAAGCGCCAUAGACCGCCUCAAGCGCAGCCAGGGUGGGCAGAACCUCUCCGAUCGCUACCGCCGGCUGGAGCGCUCCGUGCGGAGCAAGCAGGCGCUGCAGCAGGAUCUCGACGAGUACCUUGAGGAGGGGGAAGGCGGCGAGGACCACCCCGCGCACGGCGGAGAGGAGGACCCUACGCAAGCCGGCGGGGGACUGGCGACGCAGCAGGGCGCAACGCAGACGUUCAAGGGCUAUGUCAUCCCCGACGAGCCUCGGCCCCCCGAGGCGGAUGAGUGCUGCAUGUCCGGCUGCGCCGUCUGCGUGUACGACCUCUACGAAGAAGCGUUGCAAGCCUACAAGGACUCCCUCACCUCCAUUCGCACCGGUCUCGUCCAGAUGGGCGUCCCCGAGUCACAGUGGCCGGAGCGGUUACGGGAGAAAGCCUCGAAGGCGGCGAAGGUCGAGCGCCCGAUCGAUAUUUCGCGUAAUGCGUUCGAGGAGAUGGAGCGGUCGCUGGCCGCGAAGCGGGCGGUUAGCAAUCCUGGUAGUCAGUGA